UCGGGAUUCAGAACUCCUGAAUCUUGACAGCUGUGCGUGAAGUGCCGAAUGGAUUUCUGAGAGGCAUAUACACCGUCAUUGCUCACGAGUGGGAAUAACAAUAAUUCUGAAUAUCACCAUUUUUAGAUCCCACUGAAAGAAAAGAAAAAAGAGUCACAUUUGUUUGCUCACUUGCACACGCAAGAAGAGGACUCGUUUUGCGAGUGAGACAGACUGAGAGCAGAUGAGAAGUCGUGCCACCGGAUGGUUUUUAUUAUUUGCUGUUUUUUGAUGCAGGAACGGACUCUGAAAUGGGUCGCCAUGACGACAGAGCGCUGAGUUAGCCGCUAAUGCGUUAUACGCAUUUGUUUCUGUUAUUGUUUUAUUUUAUCGUUUCCCUACCUCCUUUAUAGUGAUCAAAUAUGUGGUAACCUCGCCGCCAGAAGACGCGGGUGUUGUCAGAUAAAAAGAAAGAAAAAGGAGGAGGAGGUGUUAAGAGGUGUUUAUCCCCCUUUCUUUUCCCCCUCGUUUCUUAAUUUGCUCUUAUUUUUUAUCUUUUUAUGCUCCUUUCCUUUCUUUCCGGAUUUCUUUUAUUGUUUUGGGGACACGGACUGACGCGAAGAAGGUAAAUUGAUGUGCGAGAGCCUGCGACACAUUCAUGACGAAUUACCUCAGAAAAAAUACCGAUGGCAUAAACACCGGCUUCACCACUGAAGUACGAAUAUUCGCCGGGAAAGAACCCGUCGACUACAACCCUUUCAUCGCGGGAACUAAUGAGCAAAUUGCAAUAGAAGCAUUGCAUGUUGCAGUAACAUCAGGAUGAAGCUCUUCGCCGCUGAGUGUCAACAGGCUUCUUCUGUGCACCAUUGAGGAUACGCACACCCUCCUUUCCACAUAUACCAAAGUCACUGGGGUGGCCUGAAAAGAUUUGCUCUUGUCCAUUUCAUAUCCGUUCCCCAUCACUGGGGCAGCGUUCACCCCAGCCGAAGCAUGUCAUCGGUGGACGUGGCCCGAUCACGGCGGGAGACGGUCCGCUCCUGUCCACGACGCAUAUCUGACACUUGCCUAGUGUGGCUGCUGGGCUUGGCGCUGCGCCUUGCGCUAUCCUCCUGCCAACGGGCAGACCUCACCGCCGCCAAGCACCCUAUGGUCACCACAGGCUACGGGAAGCUUCGGGGAGUACGCAAGGAGCUGAACAAUGAGAUUCUAGGCCCGGUCGAGCAGUACUUGGGCGUCCCCUACGCCACCCCGCCAGUGGGCGAGAGACGCUUCCAACCCCCAGAGGCACCCGGCUCCUGGCAGGAGAUCCGUAACGCUACACAGUUUGCACCAGUUUGCCCGCAGAACAUCCAUGGGGUGCUGCCAGAGAUCAUGCUUCCCGUAUGGUUCACCGACAACCUGGAUGCAGCCGCGGCUUAUGUACAGAACCAGAGCGAGGACUGCCUUUACCUCAAUGUCUAUGUGCCCACCGAGGAUGGUCCGCUCACAAAAAAACACGAUGAGUCUUCAAUGAACAGACCGAGGGACGAAGAUAUUAGAGAUCGUCGGAAGAAGCCUGUGAUGUUGUUCAUCCAUGGUGGCUCAUUUAUGGAAGGAACGGGAAACAUGUUUGAUGCAAGCGUUCUUGCGGCCUAUGGAAAUGUGAUUGUCGUCACUAUGAACUACAGAUUGGGUGUUCUGGGUUUUCUGAGCUCAGGAGAUCAGUCUGCGAAAGGGAAUUACGGGCUACUGGACCAGAUUCAGGCCCUGCGUUGGCUCAACGAGAACAUCGGACACUUCGGUGGAGACCCGGAGAGAAUCACCAUUUUUGGCUCCGGUGCUGGAGCCUCUUGCGUCAACCUUCUCAUCUUGUCCCAUCAUUCGGAAGGUUUGUUCCAGAGGGCCAUUGCGCAGAGCGGCUCUGCCAUAUCCAGUUGGUCAGUGAACUACCGGCCCCUGAUGUACACCAAGAUUCUGGCCAAGAAGGUGGGCUGCAGCUACAGUGACACUGCAGAUCUGGUAGACUGUCUGCGAAGGAAGAGCUACAGGGAGCUGGUGGAUCAGGAUGUCCAACCUGCCCGUUACCACAUCGCAUUUGGGCCAGUGGUGGAUGGAGACGUGGUCCCUGAUGACCCCGAGAUCCUCAUGCAGCAGGGGGAGUUCUUGAACUACGACAUCCUGUUGGGGGUGAACCAAGGUGAAGGGCUGAAAUUUGUUGAUGACAAUGAGGGCGAGGAAGGAAUUUCAGCUGCUUCUUUUGACUACACCAUUUCCAACUUUGUGGACAACCUAUAUGGAUACCCAGAGGGUAAAGACAUAUUGCGGGAGACUAUAAAGUUUAUGUAUACAGAUUGGGCUGAUCGUGACAACGGUGAUAUGCGGCGUAAAACUCUACUUGCACUUUUCACGGACCAUCAAUGGGUGGCGCCAGCAGUGGCCACGGCUAAACUGCAUGCUGAGUUCCAGUCCCCCGUUUAUUUUUACACCUUCCACCACCACUGCCAGACGGAAGCAAGACCCGAGUGGGCAGAUGCAGCACAUGGUGACGAGAUCCCUUAUGUGUUUGGUGUUCCCAUGGUGGGUGCCACAGAUCUGUUUCCCUGCAACUUCUCAAAGAACGAUGUCAUGCUCAGUGCUGUGGUGAUGACGUACUGGACAAACUUUGCUAAGACAGGUGAUCCGAACAUUCCAGUGCCACAAGAUACCAAGUUCAUCCAUACUAAGCCCAAUCGCUUUGAAGAAGUUAUCUGGACCAAGUUCAGCUCUAAAGAUAAGCAGUACCUCCACAUCGGGUUAAAGCCUCGAAUCCGGGACAAUUACCGUGCCAACAAGGUUGCCUUUUGGCUUGAGUUGGUUCCCCACCUUCAUACCAUCCAUGAUGAGAUCCCCACCUAUACCACGCAACUGCCGCCAGGUGCCCCGCACCGGCCUGGCUGGAAGGGCACAGCCCAGAGCCCCGGUACACGCUCUACUCGUCACCCCACGGUCUCAACCUACCCGCCUGACCCGGACCUUGAAGGUUCUGAACACCCUCCUGAACGCUUCCCCUUCCCAAGCAAUACACGGGACUACUCGACUGAGCUGAGUGUGACGGUGGCAGUGGGUGCAUCGUUGCUCUUCCUCAACGUGCUGGCAUUUGCCGCAUUGUACUACAAACGCGACAAACGGCAUGAGUUGCUGCAACGCCGGCAUCGCCGUCUUUCGCCUCAACGUGGGGCAGUGCCGGGUGUUGGGAUAGUGGGAGGUCCACCCCAUAAUGACCUAGCACUGAGUCAGGAGGAGGAGCUAAUGUCUUUGCAGAUGAAGCAGCAGAGGGUAGAGCUUGACCAUGGCACACCCCUUCCGACACGUGGUCUCCUCGGUGACCUGGAGCCCCUGAGACCACCUGUGUGCCCGCCGGAUUACACUUUGGCACUACGGCGAGCACCUGAGGACGUGCCUCUCAUGACAGCUAACACACUUUCCAUGAUCCCCAGCACCAUCACUGGCAUGCAGCCCCUCCAUGCCUUCAACACGUACCCCCCUGCUCCGGCACCAAGUGCGGGGCACAGCAACAACGCCCUGCCCCAUCAGCACUCCACCACGCGAGUAUAGUAACCCCUUGAGGGGACCAGGUCCCCCAAAAACAUAGGAACACAGACCUCCAGUAUUAAGAGUGGUGCUCUACACGGAUACUGUCCAACUCACCGCUCACAUUCUUUUUAAGUCCACUCCCAGCACACUCUCUUUCUUUCUCUCUCCUUCUUUCUUGUUUUUCUCUUCCUGCUCUUCUCGUUCUUGGAGUGAGCAGUGGAGAUGGUUUUGGGUGGAAAAACAAACGUUGGCCAUUUUCCCCUCUGAGUGCAGCAGCUAUCCCCUGCCUAAAGUUUGAUUUUGCUCCUGUUUCUUUUUUACUCACAUACAUUACCGUCUUUCUCUUUCUUUCUAUUUUCUUUUCUUCUUCCCGGCAGUCUUUUGCUCUUCUGUAGCUGUUUCUAGUCCCCAAAAAGAACAGUUUUUCCUACUUCGGACUGUUUUAUAAAUCAAGAGAACAUACAUGUAAGAUAUGUAUUAUUGAUAACCUUAUAAGGCUAUGAAUGAAAAAAGAUUCUACUAUCUAAUUUUUACCAGCAUUCUUGUGCCAAGUACUGUGAUCAUCGUCCAAUCAGACGCAGUCUCGUGGACGGACGUGGAGAGAAUCGCCUGAACUGGAUUUAUUCAAGGAAUUUGCAGAAAUUAGAAGAAAAAAAAGUGCCAAAUUUGUUUUUCUUUACUUUUGUUUAUCUUUUGUUUUUUCUGUUGACUUUUGCUUUUUGUUUUGCACUGUCACUGUUAUUUGCCUAUGGGGAGAAAUGAACAACACAACAAAUAUCUAUAUAAAAAGUAAAGAUAUAUAAUAAUUCAAUUUAUAUCCUGAUUGCGCUUUGGGAAAUUUGCAUGAUUUAUUUUUUAAGAGGAAAAAGGACAUCUGAGAUUCAAGACUCUUCUUUCUUUGUCUUUUAAUUGUUGUUGUCUUUUUCUGCAACAGUCUCUCUUCCUCUCUCUCUUUCUCUCUGUCUCUCUUUUUUGUUGUUGUUGUUUUUUUUACAUCAGCUCUACUUUGUGCACUUCAUUUGGAGAUUCUUUUCCCUCUGUAGAUACAUGCUCAUACCCGAAAAUGAAACUGAUUCUUGACGAUAAUAAAAAGGAUAAAUAUUUCCCUUCUUUUUUUUUUUCACUUAUAAUUACGCAAGUGGUACGACAGAGCUCAUCUCCCGGAGAAGGACUGAUCAGAUCCACGAUCCCCUCCUCUCUUUUUUUUUUUAUCUCCGAUCGUAUAGUCCUCUGUAGUAACAUUAUGCCACAUUGAGUUAAGGAACGUUCACUGUGUCUCUCUCUCUCAGUUUCUCUGUAAAGACUCGAACUCUGCUGAGUUGGACGUCCAGAGCGACGGGAUCAACACCUGCGUCCGUUCCCGCACAGCUGGAGUCUCCCCGUCUCUCUCUUUUAUCCAGAGCCCAAGAGAGCUCAUGACGUGUCCAGAACAUUCUUCCCCUUCACUGACACUGACCUUUGAGUGAUUAUCUCAGUUUGAGCUCACUUGUCAUCAGGCGGACAUCUUGUUAUAUGCCCUGUCACAAGUCCCUGUGAGACCUCCAGGUUCAACCUCUCACCUCUCAAUGUGUUUUUUCCAAAAUCUCUCUUUUAGGGUGCCGAGAAUGAUCUGGCGGGAGGAAUCGGGAGACGGGUGGUUUGAAUUCAUCUGUGUGUAAGUGUGUGUGUGUGUGUGUGUGUGUGUGUGUGUAAGUGUGUGCGUGUGAGGAACAGGACAGAUGUGGCCUACAAAUGCAUUCUGGAUAUUGACUUGGUGGCGGUUGAAAACAAAACAUACUGCGCUACUGUGGACGAGGCUUCAUUCCUCACGCCACUUAAAUAUACAUUCACAAUACAUAACGCAAGCAAGCAACUUUGCUUACCAAUCUCAUCGCCAUCCAUUUUGCGUUCUUUCGUCGUCUUGUUUUUGGAGUUUCCUGUUUGGUGGGUGGACGAAAAACACACAAGGCCACUUUCUGUCAUGCCAUGACCGAGAAAAAAAAAACAAGAUGCAAACUGUACAUUUUUAUAAGUGUAAGAGAUGACAUGGUCUUUGUAAAUAUUUUGUUUAUUGUUGGGCUCACAGCCAAUCGUAUCCACUGUAAAAAAAUAAAAAAAAAACAAACAAAAAAGCAGGUGCAAGCUCAUUCAGCCAAUUACAUCCCUCCACCCGCGAUUCUGAAGACCCUUAUUGAUUUUUUGUCAUUUGAGGAUUUACAGAUAAAGCUUUCUUUUUGACAAAAGACAUUAAAACAUAAUGAAUGUUGAGGGAAGCAAAUCCACAUUAGAGGAUAUGUUGAGUCAAGAAUGAGCGCACUUGAUGAGAAUAAUUGCAUUUGGAAUUCAAAUUUGCUUCAAGACCCAACAAUGCGGCGGACAAAAGAGUCGCUGGCUGCAUCUGAUUCUGUUUCGUUUGGAAAAGGAGGGUGGGACCGAUCGGAAUAUUUUGCUGGAGAGAGCUAAAUAAGAAAGCCUAUAUGAAGAAGAUGCUUAUUUUAUUCUUCGUACGAGCUCGUAGGAUGGAAAAUCUGCCCCGUUUAGGUUUUUGGUUUAGUUUUUUCAGAGAGGCCUGCUGUUUGAGUCAUUCUCCUGGGUGUUCUUCAUUACGCUUCAGUGGACUAAAUGACACUGUGGGGUGUUUGUUUUCUCUUACCUGGUUGUAAGUUCUUAGAAAUUUAAUGUUACCCAAACCGUUGGAGAUUUGUCGGACUGGGGGUGGGAUUUUUGUUUGUGAAUUUGAGCUGCAUAUAUUUCAAAGUAGAGAAUUUAAACAGUUCAUAUUUUUCUACAAAAAAAGGAGAGAGAGAUGAUGAAUCUACCGGCAACUGACAGACAUAUAAAGCACACUCUCACCAGAUAUACGUGGUGAUAUUUUUGUCUGGGUUGCCUAUGUAUUAUAGCGGAUUAAACAAAAAAAUAUGAAGAAAAAAAUACUGAGAAACACAACUGUUGAGUAUUAAUGCUUGGUCGCCAAAAAAAAAGACUUGCACCUGUUGAGUUUCAUUUUGUUGAAUUUCAGCAACGUUAAAAAAAAGGCUUGAGAUGAGGGGACUGUAUGACCGCUACGGGUCGAAAGAAUGAAAUUCAUAUUUCUGUUUCCUAUACAGGCUACUACACACUGUAUGUUGUGUAUCUGAACUGGACAACAUUAAAAAGGUUAUUAAACAUA